AUGUGGAUAUUCGGUUACGGGUCGCUAAUGUGGUACACAGAUUUUCCGUACGAGGCAGUGCAGGGUGGUACCGUGAAAGGUUAUGAAAGAAGGUUUUGGCAACUUUCGCCGGAUCAUCGUGGGACGCCGGAAAAGCCGGGCAGAACGGUGACGUUGAUACCAUCAGAGAAGGGCAGCUGCUGGGGCCUGGCCUACAAAGUUCCGGAGGAUAAAGUCAAGGAAACGAUUGAAUAUUUGGAUCACCGGGAAAAGGCUGGAUAUUCGAUUGCUGACGUUGAUUUUUAUCCGGAUUCUGGAGAAGCGCCUUUCAAGGUUUCUGUAUACAUUUCCCCGCAAAAUGACAACGAAUUCCAUGCGGGACCCACUGAGAUUGAAGAUGUCGCUGUUCAGAUUAUGGAAUGCCACGGACCUUCCGGGCCUAACCUGGAAUACGCCUUGAGGGUUGCACAUGUUCUACACGAAAAGGCCCCACACUUCGUUGACGAGCACGUUUUUGAGCUGGAAAAGUUGUUGCUGAAGAAGGCUCGAGGUUCUGGCACCGGGAUCCAGAUUCUCGAAAAGCUUGGCUACGUUCUGGAAGAUGGCAACACGAUCACGGAAGUGCACACCUUGGAAGUCAAAGAAGUAAAAGACAAA